CGCGCGCCUCAGAGCCGGCGGCGACCGUAGGCGGCGAGGUUCGGGUAGCCGAGCGUCUGCGGCCGAGAGUGAUCUCCGAAGAGAAGAUGGGGAAAGGCUGCAAGGUCGUGGUCUGUGGCUUGCUCUCUGUGGGGAAAACGGCGAUCUUGGAGCAGCUCCUUUAUGGGAAUCAUACUAUUGGAAUAGAGGACUGUGAGACAAUGGAAGAUGUGUACAUGGCAUCAGUGGAAACGGAUCGAGGGGUCAAGGAACAGUUGCAUCUGUAUGACACCAGAGGCCUGCAGGAAGGCGUGGAGCUGCCCAAGCAUUAUUUUUCAUUUGCCGACGGCUUUGUUCUUGUGUACAGUGUGAAUAACCUUGAAUCCUUUCAAAGAGUGGAGCUUCUGAAGAAGGAGAUUGAUAAGUUCAAAGAUAAAAAAGAGGUGGCGAUCGUGGUUCUAGGGAACAAGAUCGACCUUUCCGAGCAGCGACAGGUGGACGCCGAGGUGGCGCAGCAGUGGGCCAGGAGUGAGAAGGUGCGCCUGUGGGAGGUGACGGUCACCGACCGCAAGACGCUGAUUGAGCCCUUCACCCUGCUGGCCAGCAAGCUCUCCCAGCCCCAGAGCAAAUCCAGCUUCCCUCUGCCCGGCAGGAAAAACAAAGGCAACUCGAGCUCGGAAAACUAGAACUGCAGACGCGCCCGCUGUUCGGUCAGCUGGGACUGCCUCUAGCUGUCUGUGAACACGUUCAAGCGAGGCCGUUUGUCUGCCUUGGUCCUUAGGAAGCCUCGGAUGCACUUUCAGUUAUCAUUAACUUACUUGGGCUAAGCUGUAUUGUUGCCUGACCAGAAAUCAUGCAUUUGCACCCUCACUGUUUGAAACUUGUCCCUGAAUUGAGCUAUUUAUUUACAUUCUGUUGUACUUAUUAAAAGAAUAAAGCUUGGCUGUAUGCAGAUGACCCAGUAGCUCUGCUCACCUUUAACCUUUCUCAGAA